UCUUCUCCCGCCAGCCACUUCUCGAAGUUUGUCAGCGAGCUCCAGCUUGACUCCGGGCCUCCCUCAGCGCCUGUCCCGGCAUGUGUCCUUCGGCGAGACACGUGUCCGGAGGCGGCAGCCCCGGGAACCGCUCACCGCCUGCCCCGGCAGGGCUCUCGGCUCCCAAGGCUGCUGUGAGGAUGAGCCUCGCUGUCCCCGGCUGCUGCUCCUGCGUGGCCAAGGAGAGGCGGCUGCUGGGCAAGGGCUUGGCUUUCCGCCUCUGCCUGCUCUCGGCCACGCUCCUCCUGGGCCUGCAGCUGCUACUCAGGCGCUCCUCGGACUCCGCCGACGCCAAGCUCGUCGGAGCGGAUGCCGUAGCGGAACAUAAGCCCAACAGUCGCUGGGCCGAGAGGGCGAAAGAGGCUGCAGCCAGCAGAAGGCAAGUGACCUAUGUGCGAAGCGGCCACAGGAGGAGCGCCGCAGGGCCCACCUGCUGCCUCCAGGGGGCGCCGCUGCGCACCAGCCGCAAGAAGACUAUACGAUGGCACAUAGACUUGCAGCCUUGGGCAAGUCCAGUACCUUCCUUGAGUAAUGAAGCCCUGAGGCUCUUGAAGUAUAUUAGCACAAUCCAGAUGUCAUGUGAUCAUAUGAACACAAAAGGCCUGCCAGAAACUCUUGAUAGCCUAAAGAAGCCAUGGUCAGUCUGCCUGGAUGACAGAUUAAAUUUGAUUCAUCGAAUGAAAACCAAGCAAUGCCGUUUAUAUUCACUAGGACUGGGCGAUGAUGAUAACCAGUUUGAGCUGAGCAUGGCCAACAAUGGAUGUGAGGUGCAUCGCUUUGACCCUAGCAUCAGAUCAGCACAUAUUCAAGAGGGACACCUCUGGUAUCAUCGCCUAUCCAUUGAUUGGCGGGAUCCCAAUCCAUCAAUUGCUGCUCAUAAGCUUCACGCCAACACCAAGAAGCUUGGCACGAUAUUGAGUGACUUUGGACACCACAAGAUCGAUGUCCUCAAAGCAGAUAUGGAAAGUGCAGAGUGGAAAAUUUUGGAAAAUCUUAUCCUGGAAGAUGUCGUGCCACAGAUUGGACAACUGGUGUUUGAAAUCCAUGUUCAUUGGCCUGGAUUUGAGGUCAGUGGUAACGAUAGCACUGUGGUUCGGUACUGGUACAGUCUUCUCAAAGAAUUAGAAAUGAAGGACUUCAAGCUUUUUCACAGUUACAAAGACAUAUCGAAGCCACAAGUAUUUCUAAAAAGGGAGGCCUUCAAUGCAAGUAGCUGCUAUACUCUGAGCUGGGUGAAUACAAGAUGGGAAUAGAAAGCCUCACCUUCAGAAGAGAACUGUGAAUCAUGAUCAGCAGUGCUACUGAAGAUAACUUUGAAGGCCUUGACAGAACUCACCAAGACAUGAGCUGUGGCAUCUGAUGUAACAGGCAUGGAACUAGCCAUGCAGUCCUGAAGACCUGAGGGCAUUUGUGCCUUCAGAAGAGGUGGUGGUAAUUUAUGCCACUUCCUACUUCAAUCUGCUUUGCCUCUCAAUAUUGUUCCUGAGGGCCCAGUGACCCCUCCACAAGAACAAAGUUUGUUUUGGAGUGUGUGUGUGGUAGGGGUCAGUGGACUACAAUAGGAGGGAAAAGUAGGUAGGUUCUGUAAAUUAUUGGAUACAUGGCAGGAUUUUUGUUUUCUCAGUACUAUUCCCCAAACUGGAAAGGCACGGACUCUGUAUCUUGGAAGAAGUCUGAGUUUAAAAUAGUUUGUUUACUUCAGCUGUGCACAUGGUUGCAGAUCAGUCCAUGCCUUGACAGAAGAGAGAAGCGGGUAACUCUAGUCUGUCAUAAUUGCAUUGAUUGAAGUUGGUAUGCAUGAAAAGGAACUGUAUUCCCAUGAACAGAUGAGACUUCAGUGUAAACUAGGUUAAAAUGUUAUUUUUUUCCUCUUCACUUGGGUUGGCCUAGAGGAAAGGAAGCUUGAGUUUCUCGGGGUUCUUACUUAGAAGAGGCACUUUGUCUUGUCUUCCAGUAUGUCUUGUCCCCACUUAAUUCCCUGCUUUGUUUUCAGGCUGUGGGCAGUCACUUGCUUAAAAAAUCACUCCCUCCUCCCCACCUCCUUUUUGCCUUGUACUGUGGUGUUACAGCCUUUCUCAACAUGCUUCAUUCUAGGAAUUUGCAUCAAAUUAUUAAAUCAAACUUGCAAUCAGUGGCAAGAAGCAGUAAGAAGAGCUUUACUGGGUCAGACAGCGGGUUCAUCCAGUCCUGUUUGCCAGAGUGACCAAUCAGAUGCCUCCAGGAAGUUCAGAGAGAGGUCAUGAAAUCAACAGCAAGCAACUUGCAUUCAGUGGAGUGCUGCUGAAGGUUUCAUUGAGCCAUUUUAGUCCUGUCCUCUAUAUAAGCUUUUUCUCAGGUGUAAAAUUGCCAAAAUGGACAAUUUAUAUAACAGUUUACUGCAGUCCUGGCAUGUGUCUAUUUUGCAAAUGCAACUAGCUCUAACAUUUCCUUUUUUCCCUCUGCCUGCACACAUUGCCUCCUGGUAUUAUGGGGAAUGAUAUCCUUCUAGGGCUUUCUUUUCCUGUAUCUGUCAUUCUGGAAGAAGAUAGAAGCUAUGGAAUAAAAACUUUCUGUAUGGGAUGAAAGAAAUGAGGACUUCUAAUUGUUAUAACUGCCAAUUUACAACGUACAAAAAAACCAACAAAACUGCCUCAUCUAUGAAAACAAUGUUUGCCUGUUCUUGAACAUUCCUUAACCAUAGCACACAUUUAAACCAUUUCAGCUACAUAACCAGAUCCUAAAAAUCAGAGAAUGUAUUAUUAUGGGUUGUGGUGUUUAUUAUUGAGCCAGUUCUAUUUGCUAGAAGCAGCAAGUUGUAGUAGUAGUAACUAAACAGUGCUGCAUUUAGUAAAUGCACAGUGUAUUUUAAAUAUGCAAGAAGAUACUAGUGAAUUAUAAAUCAAAUCUAGUGAUAGUACCUUUUCCAUCAAAGACACAAGGGAAUUUGAUCAAACGUAAAGCGUGACUGAAAAUCCUAUGCUGCAUAUGGAGGGUUUUGUGCCAGCAGAAUACUGCCUGUCUUCCUGGCUGUUAAAAUUGGCACAAAAAACCUCUUACCCGUAACACCAGAUUCUUAAUCUUGAAAAGUGACCAUUAGGAGACAAUUGUGUACAGUUUAGUUUUGCUCUAUAUGUGUAAAACAUACUGGGAAAAAAUUACUAAUAUUACAUAUCACUAAGUUUAAAAUACUGAGAAAUUAUUUUUAAAGUAUGCAAAGAGAUGCUGUUAAGCAAUGACAGUGACUGAAGAAAAGUGUGUUUUGCAUUGACUCUUAAGUGGCCAUGGGUUUUAAAUGUUUGAGCUAGACAGAGGCAGCCGCUAUGAAUUAUAGGAGAAUCAUGAUUUGUGUAAUCUUAAUGGCAGAUGUGAAGAUCUGCUAAACUUUUCCUCCCUCCAUUAUUGAUGAAGGAAUUUUUCAAAGGCUUCUUAAAAUCCAUCUUAAAUUACUCCAGUUUUAUAUUGGGUAAUAUCAAUGUAAAGAAAAAAAUUACUGAUGUUAAAGACCUAAACUGUGAUGAAAGAAUGUAUUCAAUUUUGUGACAAAUUGCAGGAAUGCAUGCUGGUGUUCAUCUACAUUUUUAUCUGUCACCCUCUAACUGAAAAUACAAAUGAUGUAUUAGCAUAAAAAGUUAUGGAUACCAAGAUGCAUGUUUUCCCCCCUGUGGUAAGAAUGCACUAGGAAGUGUCCCCAGAACCAGAAAACAGGCUAUUUUAUAUUUUUAUUCCAAAGUAUUAAUCUUCACAUUAGGGAAAAAAACACCAUGAAAGUAACUGUAGCCUUUUGUAGACGCUGCCCACCUCUAAUGCAGAAGCACGUUCAUUACAAGAGGAAUUCUGUUGCAAUGUUUUACUAUUAUAAAAGAGGAAAGAAAAGCUCACACUGACAACAGCAGCAAACUACAACAUCUAGACUAAAGAUUUAAUAAAAAACAGACUAGACAAUGCUAGAGAUGCUGUGUUAAAUUAAAGUAUGUAUUUUCAUAAAAUACAUUUAUUAAAAAUAACUUCUGUAAAAAA